UUUCUUACUGGCCACGAAUAAUAAACUUAUUAUUACGUGUACAUAUGGAUGUGUGUGCAAUAUGUCGAAAAUGAAUAAUCGUACCCGCAUUACACACAUAAAAUACUAAAUACUAAUUGUAAGUACAGGCUUAAGAUAAUAUUUGCAUUUAACAAUAUUGCGGAGGGGAAAACUGUGAGAAACUACAGAGCCUGAUAAAUAAAUAAUCCGCAGUUUUGCGUAAGCCGUAUGCGAAGCUAUAUGCAGCAGUCACUGUACGAGCAUCUUUUAAUAAUUUUUAUGUAUUCACUGUAAAAAUCGCUUCGCGUCAAAGAACUAACAAUUGCAAGAAGGCGCGUUCGGUUGUUUAACGAUUCAUUUGUUUUAAACGAUGUAGUUUUGUGAAUGGUGGGAUGUCCGACGUUCGAAUAGAGUAGAAAACUAAUUGGUAUCUACCUAAUCGCCUAUUGUAAGGUCAAGAGUGCGACCUCGGGAUUUCGUACGAUGAUGGGAAAUCCAAGAACGCCUAUUCGACGCGAACACUCUAGCAGGCAUACCAUGCUUUCGUUCUAUCAAGUUUUCUUCUUCGUUUGUUUAACAUUAUUCAGUGUAACGGAAGCCGAUUUAAAUGACACAACAAUAAACCUUAACGAAACCCUUGCAACAAAAUUUGCAACCCCGUGCAAGACUCCAAACGGUGACAACGGAUUUUGCAUUGACAUUAGUGAAUGCCAAGUAUUAGCCAAGUACAGGAAUGUAAAAUCGAAACAGGAAUUUAUCGACGAAUCGGACUGCACCCCUGGCAAUGCCAACCCCCAGACUAAUAAAGUUUGCUGUGGACGAUAUUCCGAUUUUAUAAUACGAGGGGAUGCAGAAGCGGCGUCGGACGUGAUCGAAGCGCCAGUGCAACCGUUGGAUGUGGACCCGUUCCCGAAGGAAUGCGGCAAACAGCCGAUGAUUUUUCCCAAUAGGAUAUUUGGUGGAUCGGAGGCGGUUCUCGGGGAAUUCCCGUGGUUAGCGAGAUUAAGACACAAGGCACCGAACGGUCUCAGGAGCUACGGGUGCGUCGGAUUCCUAAUCGCAGCGAAAUACGUUUUAACCGCCGCUCAUUGCGUUUCGUCGUCCAUGUUGGCACCCCUGGGACCGAUAAACCAAGUGCAAUUGGGGGAACACAACACGCACGAAAGUAUCGAUUGCGAGAAGCACGGGGAAAAACUGGUGUGUGCCGAUCCACCCCAAUUGAUCAGGACGGGGAAACCCAUCGUGCAUCCCGAAUAUUUGAACACCAGCCGAUCACAACAUCACGACAUCGCCAUCAUUCCACUCAAAUGGUUGGCUAAUUUUACACGUGACAGGAAUCCGAUCAAAUUAAAAGUGUCGGUGAAACGUGCUUCUCAAGAAUAUUGCAGGGCCAAGUACAAAGCAGCCGACGUUGACAUAAUAUCGGCUCAAAUCUGUGCCGGGGGUGAGGAAGGGAAGGACUCGUGUUCCGGUGAUUCGGGAGGCCCUUUAAUGGUCCAGACGGGAUCCAGUCCGUGGUAUGCAGAAGGGAUUGUUAGCUUUGGUUUAGGUUGCGGUCUCGAAUACUGGCCGGGGGUCUAUACAAGUAUCCCGCAGUAUUACAGUUGGAUAGAGACAACCAUCAAGAGGCAUUGGAAACACAAUUUGGGAAAGGACAAAAAGCGCGAUAGUAAAAGUACAAACAAAAGAAGGAGAUCCACUAGGUUCAGUAAUUUUAAUUAAAUUGAUUACCUUGACGUAUUAAAUAAAGGUAAUAGAAAUAUUAAUGUUUUAUUUAAAUUUUUUACAAUCUUAUACCAAAUAAAUUAAAAUUGUUGGUACGAGCCAA